AAAAACAUAUCGGUCGAGGAUAAUCGUGUUUACCUCGGCUAUCAGACCGUCCAUUUGUAAUUUUUGAUACUGUGAUAAGAUCCGCGCUAUCUGAAACGUGAUCCCUGAUAAACAGUAUCAGUGCGUUCUAGACAUCCGCUGGUUGUAUAUUGGUGAUUUUUAAAGCUAAAAAAUAACUCCACAGUGCAUUUAAUUAAAAAUUCGGAGUUAAGAAAGUGUUAACUGUGAGAUACACCAUGGAGUACAAUAAGGUCGACACAAAAAUGACGUCAAAGUUCCCAUUCUCAAUGGAAAGCUUACCACGGCAGAAGAAGUUUGUCUGUCUCUCUCUCAAGUUUGGCAGUAUUUUUGCAGCGUUAACUGUUAUACUAUACUCAGUACUAGCUUUAGCACAAUGCGCCGCAGCGCUGGGCAUGCUGCCCAACCAGCUGGAGGCAGAGAACGUGGCCAGCAUGGCGAUGUUUGGCAUCAUCAUCGUCAUCACCAUCACCCACGCCGUCACGCUGUUCCUGAGCGCUGUCAUGCUGGUUGGAGCUUUGUGUGACCGGGCGUACCUCAUCAGGCCGUGGGUGAUGUGGAUGUCGGUGCAGGUCAUGGUGUCCAUCCUGCUGUUCGUGUUCUACAGCACCAUGAACAUGAUCAACCACUUCCAGGAUAGCACGCCUUUGAUAUACAUCAUUGAGUUCCUUAUUCUCCUGGUUCGCAUCUACAUGCUGAUGACGGUGGGCAACUACUACAGGCAGCUAGUCGAGGAGCACGGGGAGUCCGAGCGACUGGUCAAGCUCAUGAACAGCGACUGGUACAACGCCUGACCACUGGCACCGACUGCUUUGAGAGACAACCAUGUGAUAUAAGACUCUUCAUGGGCUACAGACUUUUAGUCAGCUGAUAUAGAUCAUUACAUCCACGAAAACGCGCCCCACCAUUCUUCCGCUAAUGUUUGAGUGUUAUCGGUACACGCUAAAUUGACACUCGCAAUCCAUGAGUGCACACGCACACUACAAUAAUGACGCUCGGAUUUCUCGGAUCAAACCUCCCGCACCCCGCGCUUCCCUCGACCAAAGCACACCAAAGUGGGGCGCGUCUUCGUGGAUAUUUCAUAGUUGGGCCCGAUUCUAAUUUGUAUGAAGAAUCGGCCAAUUCCGAUGUGCGCACUUUCAUCUAUGUCCAUACUGAUUAACAGCCCUACCCAACUAUCGGCUGACAUAAAGUUUGUAGGCUAAAUCUUUUGUUAGUUGUAAAUAAUAUUUAAGCUUUCUUAGAAAGUGUAAGUUAUAAUGAAGUUCUUUAUAAGGAUUAGAGAUUUUUUUUAUAUUCAGUACAGCUGUUACUAAAAUUGCAAUGUAUUUAUUGUAUAAAGUUGUAUAGUAAUAAAAUAUUUCUACAAUUAAAAUAUAUUUAUUUGGCAUAAAAGUCGUAAAAUAUAUAACUGGUACUUACAACUAGGUUUUAAUUGGUACUCUUGGACAAUACAAGUUCUCUACACUUAAAUACAAUAUGCACAAUUUUAAUUACAUAACAUUAUGUUUUUACUUUAAUAAAUGUUUUCCAAAAAUA